UAUCCUUUUUCAUCCUUCAGCUCAGCUCACAUGUGAAUUUAGUCAUGAUGAAGUUCUCGUUGAAAAUCUUGUAGCAAGAUCGGAUGCCAAUACCUGGAUCUUUAAUGCCACUACGACAACAACAACUCCAGCUGCAACUACUACAACUACUUCUGCAACCAUAACAACUACUCCAUCGACUUCUUCAACAACUACAGAUACAACUGCAACCACCACAACCCCCACUACUACUGAUACAACUACAACUACCACAACUUCAACUACUACAACUACAACCACCACGACCCCAACUACAACUAAAGCAAAAACUUGCUCAUCAUACUACGAUAUGUUUAAUGGUUCCUGCUACUACUUUCAUUAUAAUUGUAAUUGGAAUAAGGACUGGGUAACUGCACAAAGUAUGUGCAAAACAUAUGGCAGUGAGUUGGUCAAGAUAACAAGCCAAGGGGAGAAUGACUUCAUUAAAGGUAAAAUAGGUAACAGUGGCUUCUGGAUUGGACUGAAUGACAGAGCAACGGAAAACAGCUUUAAAUGGUCUGUGGACAACAGCACUAUUGGAGACAAUGGCAAUUAUUCAAGCUGGGCAGUCGGGCAACCAGACAAUAAUUAUGGACAAGACUGUGUUGUGAUAUAUUCGGACGGUAAAUGGGAUGAUGACGAAUGUUACUCGGAUCACUGCUACAUCUGCGAAAAACCAGCCUCUUAAGAUGGACUAACAACAUUGCCUCUGUAGGGACAGUUCUCUGCAACUUGCAUAGGUUGCAAUCUGCACUGCACAAGACAGGGUGUCAUGAACUGACCCUCAUAGAGGUAUAACUUAACAAAGGAGGGUAAC